AUGUUUGACAGCGCCCAAGCAGACGAAGACGACGCCCUGUACCAAGUCAUUAACCACGGCUCUGCCAUUGCACACGCAGGCUUCAUGUACCCCAGCGCCGAUAUCUACGCCCUCGGCACCGACGAGACGGUAAGUUUCUACGCGCUGCAAAGCCAGAAGGAGGAGGAAGAAGAGCCAGCGCCCAAAGCCUGCGGGGACGUCAGACAGGAACUCGAUUGCGAGUACGUAGUAGACUUAUGCUGGGUCGGACCGCAGCCCUGUGUCGCCGCGGGGAAGCACAGCGACAAAACCCUCAGCCUCAUACCCAUUACCAAAGGCACAAACGGGCCUCUGGACUACGCGUUCGACCUCAAAAACAGCACGGUGCUGGCGGGUGCGCACGGCGAGGAGAUUGUCCGCCAUCUCUUCAUCGAUAUGCAUACACACACGACGUACACGUGCGGCGAAGACGGCCACAUCCGCGCAUGGAAAGGCACAGACGACGCAACCAUGGACGUCGACGAAGGCGCGACGUCAGCCAAGAAGAAGCGGAAGGAGAAGAAGGACAAGGAGAAGGCGAGGUUUAAGCCUUACUAG